UGCUAUGGAUGUGAUCAGCAGUGAUCAGUUGUUGUGAGAAUAAGAUGCAUUCCGAUGCAACUGGCAAUCGUUGGAGUGUUUUAAAUGGAAAAUACGCAUAAAGUUAAUUUGAUGAAGUGCUGAAGAUGAAAGAUGUGUAGACGUUGUGAAAAUAUUUGUCGCUAGUUACGAAUAUGAAUGUCAAUAACGGAGCGGGAAAAUCGACUACGGCCUCCGUGUACCGAUUGAUACAGAGUCCCGCUCCGAUAUGCAUGUUCUACUUUGCGCACCCCUUUGGUAUCGCUUCUCCAGCGAGUGGUGCCAAACUGGCCCAAAUACGGGACCGGGCCACCAAGAGCAAGGACACUCCACCGGUAAAGGUAGAACCGGAGCGUACCGGUCGUAAGGCGUCAACCAAAAAGGAAAAUCAACGACGCAGCAAAGAACAAUCGACCAAAGCGCAUCGGAAGCAGAAUGGUCACGACAACGGUGGCAAGCAACCGACCAAUGGUACGGAGCCACAGUCCAAACAGCAGCACGAUCAAUCGAGAACGACGAGGCAUGGCCGGAAACACCGAAAGCAUCGACGGAUUAGCAAUUUCGAGAAAUUUUUGCUCGAAAUACAACAACAGAACCAGCACACGUGUGGUGCCGGAUCGACGAUACGCCGGAUCGACCAGGAGGAUCGCAUCACCCCGCUCGUACCGUGGCCGAGCAUCAUCUGGAACCGAGAUUUUCUCAUUCCACCACUGCUGCAAGCCCUCGCCCAACAACGUGGUUGCCAGAUACCGGAUAUCGAACAGAUUUUGCGAACUGUUCGUUCAGCCUGGAACACACCGAACACGCAGCGUUCACACCUGCAAAGCCUCAAGGGAACACAUCCGUUACUGCGAGAGGGUUCCUAG